GGCUUUCGCUGCGGGUUAUUUGGAUUCCCUGGGAGUCCCACCCAGCAAGCUGACCGUCGGUGUUGCCACCUAUGGAAGACACGUGAAUCUUAAGAGCCCAACGAGCCACGCCAUUGGAACAGAGGUGGAGUCUGCCGGCCCCGCUGGUAAAUACACCAGAGAAGCGGGAAUCUUGUCCUACUUUGAGGUAACCCUAAUAGGGGGGGGGGGGGCCUUGUGAUGAGGGGUUUGGCUUUGAUGCCCUCUGGGACGGGGGGGGGGGGUGGGAGGGUGGGCUUCUGAGAAAAGGGCGGGGGUUUAAUUUUAGUGUGCUUGAUAUAUUUGUAAGGUGGUCCAUGGGUCUGCAUAAUCUGCGUUGGUUUAGUAAUGGUUUCUGUGUUAAUAAACAUAAAAUACACAUGAAUUUAGAAUUGAUAUCAAAGUAGAAUUUAUGUUAGUUUAGCACUAGUUUAUAAUAUAAUAAUACAGUUAAAUAUGCACAUAAUUUUAGAAUUAAUAUUAACGUAGAAUCUAUUUUAUUGUUGAUAACAAAAAAAUAUUGCUGUUUAGAUGCCAACAUGAAGCUGCGUUGUCUAAACACAUUCUUUGUGUAUUCUUGUAAAGUUGUUUUCAUGUAAGAUGUAAUAUCAUGUAUUAUGUAAUCAUGUAAUAUUUAAUCGUGUAAUGUGUAAUCGUUAUGAUUUAAAGUUUUUUUUUUCCUACAAAGACUCGUAUUAUGUUUCUACCACUGGCAUUCUUACAGGAUGAACGGUCGUUAAUGUUCUGAUGUCGUAUAUUUCCCCUCCUCAGAUUUGUAAAAUGCUGCAAAAUGGGGG